ACUUUGCCGUCAAGUCGGGAGGCCACAACCCCAACGACUACUUCUCCAGCAUCGCCGGCGGUCCGCUCCUCUCUACCAAGAAGCUCGAUCAGAUCAUCCUCGACCCCAAGACUGGCCGUGUUAGAGUCGGUCCGGGAAACCGCUGGGACGAUGUUGCUAGCGAGCUCGACGGCACGGGCUGGACUGUUGUUGGUGGCCGUAUCGGCAACGUCGGCGUCGGCGGCUACAUGGUCGGCGGCGGCCUCUCCUUUCUGACCCAGCAAUACGGAUGGGCCAUGUCUUCUAUCCUCGAGAUGGAAGUCGUACUGGCCAACGGCACCAUCGUCACGGCCUCUGAGACGAAGCACUCGGAUCUCUUCAAAGUCCUCAAGGGCGGCGGCAACAACUUUGGCGUUGUGACGUCGUUUCUGCUGCAGGGCUACAAGCAAGGCGAAAUCUACGGCGGCACCCUCAUCUUCACCCGCAGCGAGAAGACGGACGCCAAGCUGCUCAAGGCGCUUCGUGACUUUACAGAGUACAACACCGACGACAAGGCAGCCAUCAUCCUCACCGCAGAACGCACCGCAGUGGGCGUGGUCGACAUUUGGACCAUGUUCGUCUUCUAUGACGGACCCGUCGUUCCAGCAGGCACCUUUGACAACUUCACCAGCGUGGGACCGCUCACCAACACGGCCAAGACGCGGUCGUACUCGGAUCUCCUGACGAGCAACAACCAGUUCGUCAUCAAGGGUUCCAUCUACACCAUCGGCACAGAGACGGUUCCCCUGCCGUCAGCCGCCAAUGAUGUCGAGGUGCUGGGCGGCAUCCACCAGUUCUGGCGCAACGUCUCGCAGCCCGUCAUGGGCGUGGCCAACGUCGCCGUGGUUAUCGGGUAUCAGCCGUUCCCCAAGCGCAUGGCCAAGAUUUCACGAGAAAAGGGUUUCGAUUUGUUGGACAUGGAGGACGACGUUGACCGUAUCAUUGUCGAGCUCAACUACAGCUAUCUCCUGCAAGCAGACACCAAGAAGAUUGACAAGGCCAUGAAGAAUACCUUUGGUGGCAUCCGGAGUCGUGUUCUCGAGUGGCAGGACAAUGGCGUCUUGGAGCGAGAUGUGCUUCUUCCUUUGUUUAUGAACGAUGGAUACUACUCCCAGGACUAUUUCGGACGGCUGCGUCCUGAACAUCACCAGUUAGUCAAGACGGUGGCUGCCCAGGUCGAUCCUAAUGGGCUCUUUAGAGAUAGAACAGGUGGUUUCAAGCCUUGAGUUGGAAUCACCAUUCUUGAUAGUCUUGAUAAAAUAAUUCAAUUUUAAUAUUCAAC